CGGAGACCCCCGGGUGACGAGGUCGGGAGUCGCUCCGUGGAGCGAGCGCGGAGGUCGCGGGGGUCCCCGCGGUUUCGCGUUCCCCGCAUCCGCCGCCAUGGCCUGGACCAAGUACCAGCUGUUCCUGGCCGGGCUCAUGCUCGUCACCGGCUCCAUCAACACGCUCUCGGCAAAGUGGGCGGACAACUUCGUGGCCCAGGGCUGUGGAGGGAGCAAGGAACACAGCUUCCAGCAUCCCUUCCUCCAGGCGGUGGGCAUGUUCCUGGGAGAGUUCUCCUGCCUGGCUGUCUUCUACCUGCUCCGGUGCAGAGCUGCGGGGCAGCCAGACACCAGCGUGGGUCCCCAGCAGCCCUUCAACCCCCUUCUUUUCCUGCCCCCAGCCCUCUGCGACAUGACCGGGACCAGCAUCAUGUAUGUGGCCCUGAACAUGACCAGUGCCUCCAGCUUCCAGAUGCUGCGGGGAGCGGUGAUCAUAUUCACAGGCCUGUUCUCAGUGGCCUUCCUGGGGCGGAGGCUGGCGCUGAGCCAGUGGCUGGGCAUCCUUGCAACUAUCGCGGGGCUGGUCGUCGUUGGCCUGGCCGACCUCCUGAGCAAGAAUGACGAUCAGCACAAGCUCAGCGAAGUGAUCACAGGGGACCUGUUGAUCAUCAUGGCCCAGAUCAUCGUCUCCAUCCAGAUGGUGCUGGAGGAGAAGUUCGUCUACAAGCAUAACGUGCACCCGCUGCGGGCAGUUGGCAUUGAGGGCCUCUUUGGCUUCGUGAUCCUCUCCCUGCUGCUGGUGCCCAUGUACUACAUCCCCGCCGGCUCCUUCAGUGGAAACCCUCACGGGACGCUGGAGGAUGCGCUGGACGCCUUCUGCCAGGUGGGCCGACAACCACUCAUUGCCCUGGCGCUGCUGGGCAACAUCAGCAGCAUUGCCUUCUUCAACUUUGCGGGCAUCAGUGUCACUAAGGAACUGAGCGCCACCACUCGCAUGGUGCUGGACAGCCUGCGCACUGUUGUCAUCUGGGCAGUGAGCCUGGCACUGGGCUGGGAGGCCUUCCACCCACUGCAGAUCCUCGGCUUCCUCAUCCUCCUGAUGGGCACCGCCCUCUACAACGGGCUACACCGCCCGCUGCUCACCCGCCUGUCCAGGGGCCGGCCCCCGGCAGAGGAGGGUGAGCAUGAGAGACUGCUGGGUGGCUCUCGGACUGCCAUCAACGAUACCAGCUGAGCCUUCUGCAGGGCCUCUGCUGCCACCUGGACACUCCUUGUUCACCCUGAGGCUGAGGUCGCACGGGCUGGUGAGCCUCGAGUGCCCUGUGCCCAAGGCCUCACCCUGCCCCUCCCCACAGACCCCCAGGAAAGCUGCUGCCACAGAACAUGACAUGAUACCCUGGUCCUCCUUUGUCACAACCCCCUGCAGAGAGGUGUUACCCAGCCCCCACAGGCCUGAGGACAGUGACCGACCCCUGCCUGGCUCCACGAGGAAGUCACUUAACCUUCUUGAGGCCACGAUUGCCUCAUCCGCACCCACCUGUGCCUCGUCUGCACCCACCUGUGCAGGUUGUUAUGCAAGAGAAUGAAAGUUAAGCACCGUAUUUUCUAAAACUUGUAAGAUAUUCCCUAACCCUGUCUGGAGACCUAGGUUUCAGUCAGGCUGUGCAGCAGACUCGUGUAUGCUCCCUAGCCCAUUACCUGGUCGCUCUGGGCCUUGGUGUCCUGCUCUGUAAAGCAGAAGGUAUCAACACUGUGGCUUCAGUGCCUUCCAGCCCCAGCUGGGCACAGUUUGUAGGCCUACGAUUUUGACCUACCUGGGAAAGGAGUAACAGCCCAUUUAUUGGAAAUGCCCCUCUGCCCACAGUGCCUCCUCCCCAAGCCUGUUUUGAUGUCCUUGCUCACACACCCUCAAGUCUUCCCUGACUGAGAGGGAUUACAGCCAGAAUUCCAGGCAGCCCUUGAUAACAGUGUUUAGGAUGUCUUUACCUCCAUUUUAAAGAUGAGGAAACUGAGGCCUAGGGUUCUGUAUUUUUUGGCAGGAGGGCUCUCUUGCUGUAGGCUCUGGCCAUGCAGCCACAUGAUCCUGCCAUAGGCUGAGAUCUAGAGUACAUUUGGACCUCAGCCCCCACCUCCCAACCUGACUCUUAGAGAACCCUCCAGGUUGGUGGACUUACCAGGAUUCUACCAUUUAAAGUAAUUCUGGUAUCCCAGGCAUUGUGUUAAGUGCUUAACUUUCAUAGCAGCCUGCACGGGUGGGUGCAGACAAGGCAACUGUGGCCCCAAGAAGGUUAAGUGACUUCCUCAUGGAGCCAGCAUUCUAAGCUAGGUUUGCCUGAUUCCACACCUGGGCCCCCACCUCCCAUAUGGGUUUCCCUGGGGUCUUUGGGGGGAAUUUCCUGUGGCUGGGAUAGAAGCAUUAUGCUGUUGUCCUCCUGGUAACCCCACCCAGAAGAGAUGGACUGGCUGGCAUCAGGGACUGCAGGGAGCUGAGCAGCCCUCUGUUCCAGUGUUCCUCACUCUGGUAGUUUCUGGAGCCUCAGACCAUCUUCCUGGGCUGCUCAAUCAUAAAACAAAGCACUGAAUGCCUUCCUUAAAAUAGGUUCUGGGGAAAGGAUCUUUGACAAGCAAAGCCCUCAGACUAUGCGGGAAUCCAGCAGGUUCUUACAGCUUGUUGGGAGAGGAGGGCCUCUCCAUCCCACCAGCUCACAGAAGAAGGAAAUGGAGAGUGAGGGUGGUGGGGACUACAGCUGCCUUGUCCAAAAAACUGGGGCCUUAGAAUGUUGUUUUAGGCUUUAUUUUAAAAAGGGAAAUUGGUAGUAUGGACUUUUUUUUAACAAGAGGGAAGGAGCACAAGGGUUGGAACGUUCCUGGGGAUAGCGUCUAGAAUGUUGGGAUGGAAAAGCUCUAAUGUACCAAAGCAUAGAAAUCACCCAGUCCACCAUUCAUUGUUCAGAUGAAGAAACUAAAGCCCAGAGAGAGGAAGGAACUUCCCAAGGUCACACAGCCAGUGACAUGCAAAGCCAGAUUUCCUGGUUCUCAGUACUUGCCCAUCCCAUUCUGCCACAGGGAGCGUAGCCAGGGGCCUGUACCGAGAGUCCAGGACUGCUCCUCUGCUGCGGACUGCCCAGCCUGUGCGCUCAACCAUGCAAACCGCUUCAGAGGGUGUUAGAGAAGCACUUGGCCUUUAUUUGAGUGCUGCCAUGGGAGACUGUGUUGAUUUUAAUGUUGAAGGGGUGGGGGGAACUAUAAUGGGACUUCAGUGGUCAGGGGUUGCAGAGCAUAGGGACACCCUGUCAGGCCUGCCACCAAUUCAGGGAACCUGCUUUACCUCCUGGAGCUUUAGGUCUUCACAUCUCCAAAAUGAGAAAGCCAGCCUCCAUCUUGCAGGAUGAGUGUGAAAAUUACAUAAGAUGAUAAACUGAAGGUGCCUCUAUGUGCCAGUGCACAGCAGAGUGUCACGUAGGGCUGCACUGUCCACCACAGUGGUCCAUCGGGGGCACUGAAGUCCCAGCAUUGUCACGGCACAGAACAUCGGUUUUGCUCAGCAUAGGAGAAAUGUUUUAUUAAAACAAACCAUCAUGGA